GGAUUAUUUCGUAAAUAUGAUUUUUUAGUAACUGCAGUUAAAACAUUUAACACCAAAACCUACUAGUCUCAGGAUUUCCACAAUGUGGUCUGUCAUUUUUUCACCUUCAAAAUUGAAAGAGAUAUUAGAAAUUGGUUCAGAUUCCAGUUAUGUAAAAAUCAACAAAAUCUUCCUUAAUUUUAAAGAUACAAAGAAGGUAGACCUCAUUUUAGAAAGCUGUACGAAUUUCAAUCUUUUGUGAUGCACUUUAUAAUGUAAUUUUUGAAUUAUCAGAAUUCACAGACGAAAUUCAAGUCGUCUCUCAAUUCCCAUGUUUAUUGACAAACCCUACAAUCUAUAUAAAUGUCAUCUUUUAUCUAAAACCAAAGAUGUUAAAUGUCGUCUUACAUCAUGGAUCAGCUGUUGUUGGCAUUCAGCUGAACAUGUUUUGAUGAUUUAGACCCAGAUGUUUCUUUUGAGACUUUGUAGAAGUUUUUUCAAAAAGAUUUCACCCUUCUCAUAUGCUGAAUCUAUUUUUCAGAUAGAAUGGCAGAGAUUAUUAAAGAAGAAUUAAAUAUAGAAGAGUUUGAGAUAAAGGAAGAGAUAGUUUCCUUCAAGGAAGAAAUCCUACUCUUCUCUACUGUAGAAGAUACAUGUGAAGAUGAUAUAAAGAAAGAAAACACAGGAAUACAAGAUGAAUUGAAUACUGAGAUACAGGAAACAGUAGAGCAUAAACCUGUAUUUGAUCCUGAUUUUCACACUGAGCUAAUCAUAAAACAUGAAUUCGAGGAUUUAAAUUCAGGUGAAAACAUGGUUGAAAGAUUUGAUGACUUUAAAUCAAAACCAAACCAAAACAAGAAGCGUAAAGUGGAUUACACUUGUAAUCAGUGUGAGUAUGUUGCAACUCAAGCAGGCAAUCUAAAAUACCACAUCAAAAGUAAACAUGAAGGAGUGAGAUAUCCAUGUUCUCAAUGUAUAUAUGCUGCAAUUACGUCAAAUGCUCUGAAAAAACAUGUUGAAAGUAAACAUGAAGGAGUGGGUUAUCCUUGUUCUCACUGUGAGUAUGUUGCAACACAACAAAGUAACCUGAAAUCUCAUGUUGAAAAUAAACAUGAAGGAGUGAGAUAUCCUUGUUCGCAAUGUGAAUAUGCCGCAACUACAGCCAGAUACUUGAAGGCUCAUGUUGAAAGUAAACACGAAGGAGUGAGAUAUCCUUGUUCGCAGUGUGAGUAUGCUGCAACUACAGCAAGGCAUCUAAAGAGUCAUAUUGAAAAUAAACAUGAAGGAGUGAGAUAUCCGUGUUCGCAGUGUGAAUAUGCGGCUACUAAAGCAAGUGAUCUGAAGAGACAUGUUGAAAAUAAACACGAAGGAGUAAGAUAUCCUUGUUCUCACUGUGGGUAUGCUGCAACUACAGCAAGGCAUCUAAAGAGUCAUAUUGAAAAUAAACAUGAAGGAGUCAGAUAUCCUUGCUCUCAAUGUGAAUAUGCCGCUACUUCAGCAAGGGAUCAGAAGAGACAUGUUAAAAAUAAACACGAAGGAGUAAGAUAUCCUUGUUCUCACUGUGAGUAUGCUGCAACUACAGCAAGGCAUCUAAAGAGUCAUAUUGAAAAUAAACAUGAAGGAGUGAGAUAUCCUUGUUCGCAAUGUGAAUAUGCCGCAAAUACAGCCAGAUACUUGAAGGCUCAUGUUGAAAGUAAACACGAAGGAGUGAGAUAUCCUUGUUCGCAGUGUGAAUAUGCGGCAACUACAGCAAGUUACCUGAAGAAACAUGUUGAAGGUAAACACGCAGGAGUGAGAUAUCCUUGUUCGCAGUGUAAAUAUGCGUCUACUACAGCAAGUUACCUGAAGAAACAUGUUGAAAGUAAACACGAAGGAGUGAGAUAUCCUUGUUUGUAGUGUGAAUAUGCGGCAACUACAUCAUAUGGUCUGAAAAGACAUGUGAAAAGUAAACACGAAGGGGUUAGAUAUCUUUGUCCAGAAUGUGAUUUUGCUUCAACUAGGGAAAGUUACUUUAAGAUACACGCAGAAAAUAUACAUAAAUGAGUGAAAUAUAAACAUAAAUGAGUGAGAUAUAAGCUUAAAUGAGUGAGAUAUAAACCUAAAUAAGUGAGAUAUAAACAUGAAUGAGUGAAAUAAACAUAAAUGGGUGAGAUAUUAACAUAAAUGAGUGAGAUAUAAACAUAAAUGAGUGAGAUAUAAACAUAAAUUAGUGAGAUAUAAACAUAAAUGAGUGAGAUAUAAGCAUAAAUGAUUGAGAUAUAAACUUAAAUUAGUGAAUAAGUGAUAUAUGAAAAUAAAUUAGUGAGAUAUAAGUUUAAAUAAGUGAGAUAUAAGCAUAAAUGAGUAAGAUAUAAACAUGAAUGAGUGAAAAAUACAUAAAUGAGUGAGAUAGAAACAUAAAUGAGGGAAAUAUACAUAAAUGAGUGAGAUAUAAACAUAAAUGAGUGAAUUAUACAUAAAUGAGUGAGAUAUAAACAUAAAUGAGAGAUAUCCUUGAGAAUGUUUAGCAAGCAAUAUGAGGAGACUGAUUAGAAAUAAAAAACUGUAUCAUUUAUUCCUCUUUGCACCACUAAGCUUUAACUAAGUAAUUUAAUUGUUUUUUAUACUUUUUUAUUUAAACCGAUAUCAAGCCAGAAAACAUGUCAACUAAAAAUAAAACUUUGCAGAACGCGGAAAAAAGGUUUCCGAUUUGUUUAGAACUUCUGAACAACGCCUGACUUUCUUAUUUUUUAAGCUAGUUAGAUCCAUAGCUUAGGAGAAUAAUUUUUUCCAG